CGAGGAGACACACUUUUGGAAUAAGAGUUUCUUUUUCUUCGUCCUCUGUCUGCACCUUUGUUUCCUCUUUUUUUUCCUCCCCCCUUUCCUCCUCUAACCUCCCAACUGUUAUGUGACUUCACCCCUUUUUUACCCCCCAACCGCUGAUCAUUUCAACGAAGUCCCGCAUAAACUCUGCGCACAAGCCUAAUGAUGACAUCCAAAGAGGUGGCCAAAUGUGAUGCAGUGGAAAACAGGAGGCGAAGUCCACUGGACCACUUGCCGCCUCCUGCCAACUCCAACAAGCCGCUGACCCCCUUCAGCAUCGAGGACAUCCUCAACAAGCCGUCCGUGAAGCGGAGCUACACGAUCUGCGGCACGGCUCACCUCAUCUCGUCCUCGGAGAAGCACCGUCCGUCCAGCAUCCCUCUGUCCAGCCGCGCUCUACUCAACCAGACGUCGCCGCUGUGCGCGCUGGAGGAACUCGCCAGCAAGACCUUCAAGGGGCUGGAAGUCAGCGUUUUACAGGCUGCGGAAGGCCGGGACGGGAUGACUCUGUUCGGACAGAGAACCACCCCGAAGAAGCGUCGGAAGUCUCGGACGGCGUUCACCAAUCACCAAAUUUACGAGCUGGAGAAGCGCUUCCUGUACCAGAAAUAUCUGUCCCCCGCAGACCGGGACCAGAUCGCGCAGCAGCUCGGCCUGACGAACGCUCAGGUCAUCACGUGGUUUCAGAACCGCAGGGCCAAGCUAAAACGGGACCUGGAGGAGAUGAAGGCCGACGUGGAAUCGGCCAAGGCCCUGGGCCAGGUCCCAUUGGACAAGCUCGCCAAGCUGGCGGACCUGGAGAAAUGCGCCAACGGCACGCUGGGCCACCCGCGCCCCGAGUCCCCCGCGCGGGUCGGCCAGCAGGAGCACGAGCUCUCCCAGAAACUGCGGACGUCGCCGCUGUCUCCAUUCUCGGACCACACAACGAGUAAAGAGUGCUCGGAGGACGAGGACGUGGAGAUUGACGUGGAUGACUGA